UCAUAUGUAUCAUAAAGAAGCCAGAAAGUAACCAUGACUAUUUGUCACAGAACUGUCAUCUUUAUAGGGAUUCUUACUUUGAUAUCGACUCAAAUUACAAGUGGUUCGGUUGUUUCAACAGGAGACUUCAAUAAGGAUUUCUUUGUGACAUGGUCUCCAAGCCAUGUAAAUACUUCAGCUGAUGGCAAGACUAGGAGUUUGAAGCUCGACCAAGAAUCCGGUUCUGGUUUUGCUUCGAAUCAGAUGUUCUUGUUUGGACAGAUUGACAUGCAAAUUAAGCUAGUACCAGGUCGUUCAGCGGGCACAGUGGUAGCCUAUUAUCUGACAUCCGAUCAACCUAACCGUGAUGAGAUAGACUUCGAAUUCCUUGGCAAUGUGGAAGGCAAACCAUAUAUUGUCCAAACAAACAUUUUUGCUGAUGGAUUGGACAACCGUGAAGAGAGGAUCAACCUCUGGUUUGAUCCAACAAAAGACUUCCACACCUAUUCCAUAUUAUGGAACCUUCAUCAAAUUGUGUUUAUGGUGGAUUGGGUUCCCAUCAGAGUAUACAGAAACCAUGCAGACAAUGGUGUGGGAUAUCCUAGGUGGCAGCCAAUGAGCAUCAAAACCAGCCUAUGGAACGGCGACAGCUGGGCAACCGGGGGUGGCCGUGACAAAAUUGACUGGUCAAAGGGGCCCUUCAUAUCUUCAUUCAGAUACCACAAGAUUGAUGCAUGUAUUUGGAAAGGAAAUGCUAGGUUUUGCAGGGCAGAGAGCCCUACAAAUUGGUGGCACCAGAAAAGAUACAGCACCUUAACAAAUACACAGAGAAGGUUGUUCAAAUGGGUUAGGAAGUACCACAUGAUUUAUGACUAUUGCCAAGACAAACAGAGGUUCCAAGGAAAUCUUCCAAAGGAGUGUUCUCUUCCCAAGUAUUGAUCAUAGAAAUAGAUGAUCCUACACUCUACCUAUAUAUUCCUUUCUUUUUUUUUGUUUUUGUUUCCCCAUUUACUUUAUUUUUUUUCUCUGGGCUAAUUAUUCCUUAGUGAUUAUAUAGAGGCUAUUGAACAGAGGCAACAAUUUAAAAGCUCAUUGUAUUACUUCAAAGUAUUCAUAUGAUCCAUACUUGGAAGUAAAGUAAUCUUUUAGCUA